CCCGAAGACGGGGGAGGACAGCCCCCCAACGGCUUCCUGGAAGGCGGCUCCUCCUCGCAGGGCCGUGGGGGCCCCCCCUCCGAAGACUGGUGCCCUCGCAUCAUCCGGCGGGCCAAGAAGCCCGACCAGCAGAUCUACCAGCCCGGCAAACGCCUGCAGGCCUCGCCCCGAGAGGCGGGGGCUGCCCCCCUGUUAGAGGAGGAGCUGCCCCCGAAGGAGGAGAGGGGGGCGGAGUCCGAGAAGGAGGCCGGGGGGGCCGGCAGCGGCCCCAGGAAGCCGGGGGACCAGGACGGAGGGCAGCUGAGCCAGGAAGGGGCCAAGCCAGGAAGGGGGGAGAAGGGCCGGCGGGCCGAGCGGCCCCGGAGGGCCCGUGAUGAGCUGGGCCAGGGCAAGGGCAGCCCCCCCAAGCGCUACUCCCGGUCGGACAAGCGUCGGAGCCGCUACCGCACCUGCAGCACCAGCUCGGCAGGUAGCAACAAUAGCACAGAGGGGCUCCAUGGGGAGGCGGAGGUGAGGAGGAAGGCCCCGGACAGGCCCCGCCCACAGAAGCAGCUCUCCGCCUCCUCCACCGACUCCCUGGAAGAGGACAGGGCCGAGGAGGCCCCGGAGGCCAGGAGGGGCCCUGAGCACGGCCGGCUUGGCCGGGGCCUGGACCCCAGAGCAGCCCAGGGGGGCUUCAGGGGCUCCGCGGCCUCCCAGCCCGACUGGCGAAAGGGCGGCAGGCCCUCCGGGGCCACCGGGGAAGGGAAGCCCCAGAGCCGGGGCCGAGGCAUCCUGGUGCUGCCGGCCAACACGGACCUGACCCCCAGUGGCAUAGGGUCCCCCGAAGCCCCCCAUGGAGGAGGGGCCCGGCUCCUCUUUGGCAGCGGCAAAGGCCCUCGUGGCUGGAGCCGGGGGGGCACGUCCCGUCGGCUCUGGGACCCCAACAACCCGGACCAGAAGCCGGCGCUGAAGAGCCACGGGGCCCAGCUGCAUUUCCUGGACACGGACGAUGAGGGGCCCCCCGUGCCUCGAGGGGAGCCCCGCCAGGCCCAGGCCCCCUACUACCGCUUCCAGAACUCAGACAACCCCUAUUACUACGGAGGGGCCCCCUACCCUUACGCGGGGUACCCCCUGCCCUACCCGGUGGGCACCGGCAACGAGGUCUACCCUGCGGCCUAUUAUCCCGCCGGCUACCCCAAGCCGGCCGAGCCUUGUGGGGGCGGGGGGCCCGGCAGCCUCCCCCCUGAGCGCCUGAGCCCCGAGACGGAGCAGCAGAAGGGCCCCCA